UCUCACAGGUUUCUAUUCUCUGAAGUGGCUGCAUCAGCCAUCAGGUGGAGCCGGGCUCACUCCCCUUACUUCUUCCUUUGUCUCCAUCAUGUCUGGGAAGCCGGCUCUGCGGGCCCCCGGAGGCCCCUGGACAGCAGCUGUGAUGGUGUGGCUGGUGGCGCUGAGUGUCCCGGAUUCUCUGGGAAAUGCGGCUCCCGCAGGGGACUUCAUGCUCCAGGGUAAGGCCCUCUGCUACUUCACCAACGGGACACAGCGCGUGCGGUUCCUGGUCAGAUACAUCUACAACCGGGAGGAGUUCGUGCGCUUCGACAGCGACGUGGGGGAGUUCCGCGCCCUGACUCCUCUGGGGCGGCCGGACGCCGAGUACUUCAACAGCCAGAAGGACCUCCUGGAGCGGACGCGGGCCGCGGUGGACACCGUGUGCAGACACAACUACCCGUUGCAUGAGGCCAUAGCCUUGCACCUGCGAGUGGAGCCCACAGUGACCAUCUCCCCGGCCAAGACAGAGGCCCUAACCCACCACAACAUGCUGGUCUGCUCGGUGACGGAUUUCUAUCCAGCCCACAUCAAAGUCCGAUGGUUCCGGAACGACCAGGAGGAGACAGCCGGUGUCGUGUCCACCCCCGUGAUUAGGAAUGGGGACUGGACCUACCAGAUCCUGGUGAUGCUGGAAAUGACCCCCCAGCGAGGAGACAUCUACACCUGCCGCGUGGAGCACCCCAGCCUGCAGAGCCCCAUCGCAGUGGAGUGGCGGGCACAGUCUGGAUCCGCCCAGAGCAAGAUGCUGAGCGGCAUCGGGGGCUUCGUGCUGGGGCUGAUCUUCCUGGGCCUGGGCCUUGUCAUCCGUCACAGGAAACAGAAGGGGCUCCUGCGCUGACUCCUGAGCGUACUUUGACUGGAAUUGGCUGUGUUUCCUCUGAAAUGCCUGCUUGUUGUCCUUGCGCAGACUUCCCAGCUUCCUGUGAACCUGCUCCCUCUGAGAUCACAGUCCUAGUUACUCUGAUGCAGUUGGCCAGGCAUCUCCUGUGACACCCCCCUCACCAGCCCCUCCCGAGGCCAUGGCUGUGCCCUUGGACUCUGUCCUGUGGGCUGCCAGCUGAGUCUACUCAAGACCCCCAAGGCAUUUUUCUUUUGCUCCUCCUAUGCUCCCCCUUCCCUUACCCACCCCCCACUAUCAAGAGAAGCACAUUAAAGCCUUUACCUGACUCCAGAGCUUUUAUCAUAAUUAAACAUGUUACCUGUA